UGCCUGCCUGACAGCAGCAGCACAGCGUGGGUGUCUGCCUGUCACCCAGGGGCCCGUGUCAACAGCAGAGGGAAGAAGAAGAGCCGUAGAGGAGGAAACCAGAAAAUAAUACCGCUGCAGACAUGGACCUGCGGUCUGAGCUGCUCAAGUCCAUCUGGUACGGUUUCACGGCCCUGGAUCUGGAGAAAAGUGGGAAAGUGUCCAAGUCUCAGCUGAAGGUGUUGUCUCACAACCUGUGCACAGUUUUGUGUAUCCCACAUGACCCGGUGGCUUUGGAGGAGCACUUCAGGGAUGAUGACGACGGUCCGGUUUCCAGUCAGGGUUACAUGCCUUACCUCAACAAAUAUAUCCUGGAUAAGGUCGUGGAAGGUUCUUUUACUAAGGAAAACGUAGAUGAGCUCUGUUGGACUCUCACAGCAAAGAAAAACUACCAGCCGGACAGAACCAGCAGCACGAUUCUGCCGGAGAGAGAUGCUUUUCGACUGUGGUGCCUUUUUAAUUUUCUCUCUGAAGACAAGUACCCUUUAGUGAUGGUUCCUGAUGAGGUGGAGUAUCUCCUCAAGAAGAUCUGCAUGGCCAUGAGCAUCGAGUUCAACUGUGUGGAAUUAGAGGACUUCUUCUCCCAAGAUUCAGUGCAGCAGACCGGCAUUACUGUUUGGGUUUUCCUGGAGAUGAUGAACUCUGGAAAAGUAACCAGAGGAAUUGACAAGAGCAUUAUCAGCAUGGCUAUAGAGGAAGUUUACAGGGAGAUAGUUGGUGACGUCCUUAAAGAGGGUUAUCUGUGGAAAAAAGGUCAGCUGAGGAGAAACUGGAAGGAGCGCUGGUUCACGUUAAGGCCGAGCAACUUGGCUUACUACACCGGGGAGGACCGCAAGGACUGCCAAGGAAACAUAGUCUUGGAUGGGAACUGCUGCGUGGAGGUGCUGCCUGACCGAGAUGGGAAGAGGUGCAUGUUUUGUCUUAAAACCCUUUCCAAGACUUAUGAAAUGAGCGCAUCAGACACCAAACAGAGACAGGAGUGGACUACAGCCAUUCAAACGGCCAUCAGGCUCCACGUCGAGGGGAAAAAGUCUCUUCACAAAGACCUGAAGCUGAAGCGUCGGGAACAGCGAGAGCAACGGGAGAAAAGACGGCAGGCCAAGGAGGAGGAGCUGCAGAGGCUUCGGGCUUUGCAGGAGGAGCGGGAGCGUAAACUGGCCGAGCUGGAGCUCCUGAAGGAGGCGCAGAAGCAGGCUCAGGUCCUCCUGGAGCAGGACGAGCAGAGGAGGCGCCAGCAGCACGAGCAGCUCCAGAGGGCCCUGGAGGUCCAGCUUCGGGAGGCUGAGGAGGCCCGGGUCAGCAUGCAGGCGGAGAUGGCUCUGAAAGAAGAGGAGGCAGAGCGGCAGAGGAAGAGGAUCCAGGAGCUGGAGGAGAUGCAGAAGCGUUUGGAGGAGGCGCUGCAGCAGGAGAUUAAAGCCAGGCUGGAUGAGGAGGCCUUCCGCUACGCUCAAGCAGGGUUGCUGGCUGAGGAGGAGGAGAAGAUGAAGGCCCUGAUGGCUCUGCAGGAGGAGCAGGAGGAGUACAUCCUGAAGACGCAGAGGGAGAAGCAGGAGCUGAAGCAGGAGAUGGAGGCCAAAUCUCGGUCCCUGGAGGAGGCACAGAGGCAGCUGGAGGAGGUCCGCGCCAACAGGCACAGGGUUGACCAGGAUGUAGUGGCCGCUCAGAGGAAACUUCGCCAGGCGAGCACCAACGUCAAACACUGGAACGUCCAGAUGAACAGACUGAUGCGGCCAAUCGGACCAGGCGAGAAGAGACCGUCGCUGGGAAGCUCUUUCUCGGCCUUCCAGAUCCCGACACAGAGAGACCCGGGGCUGCGUCUCAGAAGGAGAUCGGGUUCUGAGGAUCAGGACGAGGAGAGCAAAGAAAAUGUCGACAGCAGAGCCGGGUGCGAUCACGAGAAACGUCACUCUCAUGCCUCUAACGGAGACAUGGACAUCCCCUAAAAUCGGAGGCUGCUUAGGUCUUUUCUUGUGAGGUUUUCUGACAAGGCAGGAGACGGUUGUGUCAUGCGUGAACAAUGUGAAAGCAGCAGGAGGAUAUCUGCACUUAAAACUGAAUUUACAGUACUACCAUUUCUAAUAAACGUUGAAUUUACUGACCUCAUGUUGUCACAGACAGCAACAGUUUGAAACAUUUCAAUGAGAAAGUGCAUUUUCAGUAUUCGCUGCUCACUAACGGUUUGACUGCAACCUGUGUGAGGCUUGUUCUGAACAGAAACGAUACCUCGGUGCAAAGAAAAUGAGCUGUGAGAAAGAUCCCGAAGGCACAAAGUUAGCUGUGAUGCUUAAAAAGUAAAUGAAGCUCAUUUGUUUAGCUCUGUAAUAUAGUGAGAUACCAAUGUGUCAUUUUUCUAUUUGUAAUUUUUUGUGAUUUGUAGAGGAAGGCUUCAGUUUUUGAUGCAGAAAGUUGAUUCAGUAUUAGAGUUUACCACAGUCGCUCCUGAUAAACAGGAAAGAGAGAGAGAGGUGAAAGAGAGAGCUCUCACUGAACUUCCUGUUUCUAAUGUCAGUUAACAUUAUUGUAAAUAAAAGAGUGAAAUGAUGCCAUCACCACA